CCGCGCGGGCGCGCGGGGUGCGGCAGCGAGGGCGCGCGAGCGGGGCGGUGUGGGGCUCGAGGGCGCGUCCACGUGGCCGACAGGCGGCCACCCGGACCCGGCGGCGGCGGAGGGACAGGCCCACCCCCUCGGGACAGCCGCCAGCCAUGCCCACCAUCUUCAUCCUGCUGUUCCUCUUGGCUGCCGGGCAGGCCCUGGGCAGCCACGGGCCCUUCCCUGUUUUCUCAGUGACGGACACCUCACUCACCCACCUGGCUGUGCACCGGGUGACUGGGGAGGUGUUUGUGGGCGCCGUGAACCACAUCUUCAAGCUGGCGCCCAAUCUGACCGAGCUGCGGGUCCACGUCACGGGGCCUGUCGAGGACAACUCCCGCUGCUACCCGCCUCCCAGCAUGCGCGUGUGUGCCCACCGGCUGGCGCCCGUGGACAAUGUGAACAAGCUGCUGCUCAUAGACUACACGGCCCGCCGCCUGGUGGCCUGCGGCAGCAUCUGGCAGGGUAUCUGCCAGUUCUUGCGGCUGGACGACCUCUUCAAGCUGGGUGAGCCCCACCACCGCAAGGAGCACUACCUGUCGGGGGCCCAGGAGCCAGACUCCAUGGCUGGCGUCAUCGUGGAGCAGGGCCAGGGGCCCAGCAAGCUGUUUGUAGGCACGGCUGUGGACGGCAAGUCUGAGUACUUCCCCACCCUGAGCUCCCGAAAGCUCAUCCGGGACGAGGACGGUGUAGACAUGUUCAGUCUGGUGUACCAGGACGAGUUCGUCUCCUCGCAGAUCAAGAUCCCCUCGGACACGCUGUCCCUGUACCCGGCCUUUGACAUCUACUACGUCUAUGGCUUUGUGAGCGCCUCCUUUGUGUACUUCCUGACGCUGCAGCUGGACACCCAGCAGACACUGCUGGACACAGCGGGCGAGAAGUUCUUCACGUCCAAGAUUGUACGCAUGUGCUCAGGAGACUCCGAAUUCUACUCAUAUGUGGAGUUCCCCAUCGGCUGCUCGUGGCGUGGUGUGGAGUACCGCCUGGUGCAGAGCGCCCACCUGGCCAAACCUGGCCUGCUGUUGGCCCAGGCCCUGGGUGUGCCAGCCGACGAGGACAUCCUCUUCACUGUCUUCUCUCAGGGCCAGAAGAACCGGGCCAGCCCACCACGGCAGACCAUCCUCUGCCUCUUUACCCUCAGCAACAUCAAUGCGCACAUCCGGCGUCGCAUCCAGUCCUGCUACCGUGGGGAGGGCACGCUGGCCCUGCCCUGGCUUCUGAACAAGGAGCUGCCCUGUAUCAACACUCCCAUGCAGAUAAAUGGAAACUUCUGUGGGCUGGUGUUGAACCAGCCACUGGGUGGACUGCACGUGAUCGAGGGGCUGCCCCUGCUAGCUGACAGUACCGAUGGCAUGACCAGCGUGGCCGCCUACACCUACCAGCAGCACUCUGUGGUCUUCAUCGGCACUCGCCGGGUGGCUGGUCUUGUUGCCCAGGUGCGGGUUGACAGCUCUCAGGAGGCUCACCUGUACGAGACGGUGCCCGUGGUGGAUGGCAGCCCCAUUCUCCGUGACCUGCUCUUCAGCCCUGACCACCGGCACAUCUACCUGCUGAGUGAGAAGCAGGUGAGCCAGCUCCCAGUGGAGACCUGCGAGCAAUACCUGAACUGCGCGGCCUGCUUGGGCUCGGGGGACCCACACUGUGGCUGGUGCGUGCUGCAGCACAGGUGCUGCCGCCAAGGGGCCUGUCCAGGUGCCGUGGCCCCGUAUGGCUUCGCUGAGGCACUCAGCAAGUGUGUCCAGGUGCACAUCUGGCCCAACAAUGUGUCCGUGACAUCACCCGGGGUGCAGCUGACUGUGGCCAUGAGCAACGUGCCAGACCUCAGUGCGGGCGUGAGCUGUGCCUUCGAGGAGGUGACCCAGAGUGAGGCCGUCCUGCUGCCCUCCGGGGAGUUACGUUGCCCCUCGCCUUCCCUCCAGGAGCUCCGGGCUCUCACCCGGGGGCACGGGGCCACCCGCACUGUGCGGCUGCAGCUGCUCUCCAAGGAGACCGGUGUGAGGUUUGCUGGGGCUGACUUCGUCUUCUACAACUGCAGCGUCCUCCAGUCGUGCAUAUCCUGUGUCAGCAGCCCUUACCCCUGCCAGUGGUGUAAGUACCGCCACGUGUGUACCAGCCAGCCCCAUGACUGUUCCUUCCAGGAGGGCAGGGUGCGCAACCCUGAGGGCUGCCCUGAGAUCCUGCCCAGCGGGGACCUCCUGAUCCCGGUAGGCGUUGUGCAGCCCCUCACCCUGCGGGCCAAGAACCUGCCGCAGCCUCAGUCGGGGCAGAAGAACUACGAGUGCGUGGUCCGGGUGCAGGGCCGGCAUCAGCGGGUGCCCGCCGUGCGCUUCAACAGCAGCAGCGUGCAGUGCCAGAACGCCUCGUAUUCUUAUGAAGGUGAUGAGUACGGUGACACCGAGCUGGACUUCUCCGUGGUCUGGGAUGGCGAUUUCCCCAUUGACAAGCCUGCUACCUUCCGAGCCCUCUUGUACAAGUGCUGGGCGCAGCGGCCCAGCUGUGGCCUCUGCCUCAAGGCUGACCCCCGCUUCAACUGUGGCUGGUGCAUCUCGGAGCACAGGUGCCAGCUGCGGGCCCACUGCCCAGCCCCCAAGACAAACUGGAUGCACCCGAACCAGAAGGGCGCUCGCUGCAGCCAUCCUCGCAUUGCUCAGAUCCACCCAGUCAUGGGGCCCAAGGAGGGGGGCACCUGGAUCACCAUCGUGGGUGAGAACCUGGGCCUCACCUCCCGAGAGGUGGGCCUGCGGGUGGCUGGUGUGCGCUGCAACUCCAUCCCCGCUGAGUAUAUCAGUGCUGAGAGGAUCGUCUGUGAGAUGGAAGAGUCACUGGUACCCAGCCCUCCACCGGGGCCUGCGGAGCUCUGUGUCGGCGACUGUUCGGCUGACUUCCGCACGCAGUCUGAGCAGCUUUACACGUUUGUGACGCCUACGUUUGACCGUGUGAGUCCUAGUCGGGGCCCAGCCUCCGGGGGCACGCGGCUCACCAUCUCUGGAAGGGCUCUGGACGCUGGCAGCAGGGUCAUGGUGAUCGUGAGAGAUGGCGAGUGCCAGUUCGUCCGGAGGGAUGCUGAAGCCAUCGUGUGCAUCUCGCCUGUCUCCACUGGCCCAAGCCAAGCCCCCAUCACGCUGGCCAUUGACCGCGCCAACAUCUCCAGUCCCGGUGUUGUCUACACUUACACCCAGGACCCCACUGUCACACGCCUCGAGCCCACGUGGAGCAUCAUCAAUGGAAGCACUGCCAUCACCGUGAGUGGGACCCACUUGCUGACGGUCCAGGAGCCCCGGGUCCGGGCCAAGUACCGAGGCAUCGAGACCACCAAUACAUGCCAGGUGAUCAAUGACACUGCCAUGCUGUGUAAAGCCCCUGGCAUCUUCCUGGAGCCCCAGCCACAGGCCCAGGGCGAGCACCCAGAUGAGUUUGGCUUCCUGCUGGACCAUGUGCAGACCGCCCGCUCCCUCAACCGGUCCUCCUUCACCUACUACCCUGACCCCAGCUUUGAGCCUCUUGGGCCCUCUGGGGUCCUGGACAUCAAACCGGGCUCCCACGUAGUGCUAAAGGGCAAGAAUCUGAUCCCCGCAGCAGCUGGCAGCUCCCGCCUCAACUACACGGUGCUGAGGGGCCAGCCAUGUGCGCUCACCGUCUCCGACACGCAACUCCUUUGUGACUCCCCCAGCCAGACAGGCCGGCAGCCCGUCAUGGUGCUGGUGGGCGGUCUGGAGUUCUGGCUGGGCACCCUGCACAUCACGGCCGAGCGCGCACUGACCCUGCCGGCCGUGGUGGGGCUGGCAAUAGGGGGCAGCCUCCUGCUGCUGGCCAUCACUGCCGUGCUGGUUGCCUACAAACGUAAGACUCAGGAUGCCGACCGCACGCUAAAGCGGCUCCAGCUCCAGAUGGACAAUUUGGAGUCCCGCGUGGCCCUGGAGUGCAAGGAAGCCUUUGCUGAGCUGCAGACAGACAUCAAUGAGUUGACGAACCACAUGGACCGGGUGCCAGAUCCUUUCCUGGACUACCGGACCUAUGCUGUGCGGGUGCUCUUCCCAGGGAUUGAGGCCCACCCGGUGCUUAAGGAGCUGGAUAGCCCCCCCCACGUUGAGAAGGCCCUGCGUCUCUUCGGGCAGCUGCUGCACAGCCGCGCCUUUGUGCUCACUUUCAUCCACACCCUGGAGGCCCAGAGCAGCUUCUCCAUGCGUGACCGGGGCACCGUGGCCUCCCUCACCAUGGUGGUCCUGCAGAGCCGCCUCGACUACGCCACGGGCCUGCUUAAGCAGCUGCUGGCGGACCUCAUCGAGAAGAACCUUGAGAGCAAGAACCACCCGAAGCUGCUUCUGCGCAGGACUGAGUCGGUGGCUGAGAAGAUGCUCACCAACUGGUUCACCUUCCUGCUGCAUAAGUUUCUGAAGGAGUGUGCUGGGGAGCCGCUCUUCCUGCUGUACUGUGCCAUCAAGCAGCAGAUGGAGAAGGGCCCCAUUGACGCCAUCACGGGUGAGGCACGGUAUUCGCUGAGCGAGGACAAGCUCAUCCGGCAGCAGAUCGACUAUAAGACGCUGACCCUGCACUGUGUGUGCCCGGAGAGCGAGGGCAGCGCUGAGGUGCCCGUGAAGGUGCUCAACUGUGACAGUAUCACCCAGGCCAAAGAUAAGCUGCUUGAUGCUGUGUACAAGGGCAUCCCUUACUCCCAGCGCCCCAAAGCUGAGGACAUGGACCUAGAGUGGCGCCAGGGCCGCAUGGCCCGUGUCAUCCUCCAGGACGAGGAUGUCACCACCAAGAUCGAGUGUGACUGGAAGAGGGUCAACUCGCUGGCCCACUACCAGGUGACAGACGGUUCCUUGGUGGCGCUGGUGCCCAAACAAGUGUCAGCCUAUAACAUGGCCAACUCCUUCACCUUCACCCGUUCCCUCAGCCGCUACGAGAGCUUGCUUCGCACGGCCAGCAGCCCCGACAGCCUCCGCUCUCGGGCGCCCAUGAUCACCCCGGACCAGGAGACGGGCACCAAGCUGUGGCACCUGGUGAAGAACCAUGACCACGCCGACCACCGAGAGGGUGACCGUGGCAGCAAGAUGGUCUCAGAGAUCUACCUGACACGGCUGCUGGCCACCAAGGGCACACUGCAGAAGUUCGUGGAUGACCUCUUUGAAACCGUGUUCAGCACGGCACACCGCGGCUCGGCCCUGCCACUGGCCAUUAAGUACAUGUUUGACUUCCUGGAUGAGCAGGCCGACCAGCGGCAGAUCAGUGAUCCCGACGUGCGCCACACCUGGAAGAGCAACUGCUUGCCCCUGCGCUUCUGGGUGAACGUGAUCAAGAACCCGCAGUUCGUGUUCGACAUCCACAAGAGCAGCAUCACGGACGCCUGCUUGUCGGUGGUGGCCCAGACCUUCAUGGACUCCUGCUCCACGUCGGAGCACCGCCUGGGCAAGGACUCGCCCUCCAACAAGCUGCUCUAUGCCAAGGACAUCCCCAACUACAAGAGCUGGGUGGAGAGGUACUACCGGGACAUAGCCAAGAUGGCAUCCAUCAGUGACCAGGACAUGGAUGCGUAUCUGGUGGAGCAGUCCCGUCUCCACGCAAGUGACUUCAAUGUCCUGAGUGCGCUCAGUGAGCUCUAUUUCUACGUCACCAAGUACCGUCAGGAGGUUCUUAGCGCCCUGGACCGAGAUGCCUCUUGUCGGAAACACAAGCUGCGCCAGAAACUGGAGCAGAUCAUCGGCCUCGUGUCCAGCAACAGCUAAGGGCAGCCGACCUGGAGAGAAAGGCGCACCUCAGACCUGAGCCAGUCUCCCGUCCAGGGGGCGUCUCGGGCCUGGGUCCUGGGCUGAGCCCUGGAUCAGGUGGCACCGGGCCGAGACACCCCUGGCAUAGCCCAGGGCCCUUCAUUAGUGCUUGCUUUGGAUGGGCCCUGC